UUUCAAGCCUCACGCCUUAGGAGCGGCUUGGCGGGACGGACCGCGACUCGGAACGCAAUUUGCGCGGAGCGUGGUUUCCCCCCGAGCCGGCUCCCGGGCACCUGUCCCUGUGACGCAGGCGCUGUGCCCCUCAGACGGCAUGGAAGCCGUGGGUGUUGUGUGUGGGGCGGUGGCCCUCCUAGCACCGGGCAUCUUCUGGGCUUGGCACUUCUUGGAACGAAUGAAGAGUCAGGUGCAGGCUGGCCUGUUGGGAAGAGGAAGCCGGGCCCUCCUGGUGAUCGCGCACCCCGACGACGAAGCCAUGUUCUUUGCUCCCACUUUGCUAGGCUUGGCCCGCCUGAGGCACCCGGUGUUCCUGCUCUGCUUCUCUGCAGGGAAUUACUACAAUCAAGGGGAGAUUCGUAAGAAAGAACUUUUGCAGAGCUGUGAUGUUUUGGGGAUUCCACCCACCAAUGUAAUGAUUAUUGACAGCAGGGAUUUCCCAGAUGACCCGGGUGUGCAGUGGGACACAGAGCAUGUGGCCAGCGUCCUCCUCCAGCACAUAGAAGUGAAUGACAUCAACCUGGUGGUGACUUUCGAUGCCGGGGGAGUGAGUGGUCACCGCAAUCAUGUUGCUCUGUAUGCGGCUGUGAGGACCCUCCAUUCGGAAGGGAAAUUACCUGAAGGGUGCACGGUGCUCAUGCUUGAGUCUGUGAAUGUGCUGCGCAAGUACAUCACCCUUCUGGACCUGCCUUUCUCUCUGCUUCAUGCCGGCGAUGUCCUCUUCGUGCUGACCAGCAAGGAAGUGACACAGGCCAAGAGGGCCAUGUCCUGCCACCGCAGCCAGCUCCUGUGGUUCCGCCGGCUCUACGUGCUCUGCUCCCGGUACCUGAGAAUCAACUCUCUGCACGCCCUCUGAGCCCGGGACAAGGAGAGAAAGGACCAGGAAGCGGCCUGCUCGGGAGCUGGCCAUGUCCCUGAGCCAAAGGAGAGCCCAGUGGAGGGUGGCCUCCCAGGGCCCUGCUCCUCAGGGUGGCCAGCCCCUGACGAACGGAGGCCAUGCAGGCCGAAGGACUGUCUAAACUUCACUUCCUCCUCUGGGAAAAAACACACAACAACCAAAAACAACCAUAGUUACCCUGCUAGCUUCUUCCCUGCUUGUGAGGAAUAAUAUAUGUGAAAACCCAGCGUAUGGCAGACACCUAGCCAGCUGCGGCCAUGUCAGUGACCGUGCGAGUGCCGCAGGCCAGUGCACAGGUGACGCUGCGCACAUUUACGCUGUUUCAGAGCCGGCUCACCACACACACACACACACACACACACACACACACACGAGUAGUCUAUACUGAAUUAGUUUAUCCCUAAUUCCUUGAUUUAUCUCUGUGGCCUAUGUAUCAGAUUUGAAUCUAGGGAAAACUUGCUCUUUUUAACAUCACAUUCAGACGGGGGCAGCCAGGCUCCGAUGGCUGUGGUGGGCAGUAUCACACAGAGAUGAAUAUGAUGUGGGCCCUGCCCUCAGUGAACUUAUAAUUGAACAUUUCAGGUUUUAAUAUUUUGGGGAAAGCAGGAAAUAGGAAGAGAAAUCUGACCUUUUAAAAUAAAACACACACACACACACUCAAUAACCUGAUGUCUUAAAAUUAUACUAUAAACAAAAGCAUUCUGAGAGGUCAGAAUCCAGCUAAUGUCCCAGGGAAGUAGCCCGAAGCAGGGAAGCUCCGUGGUGGAAAGCACAGGCCCUGCAGACUAGUGAACCUGGGUGGAGGCCAAAAUUACCAGCAAGGUAACCACAGAAGAGGUGCUUAACCUCUCUCUGCCUCAAUUAUCUCAUCUGCAAAACAGGUACAGCAAUGUACUAGUACCAGCCUGAGAGGAGAUGAUGCCGGAGGUGCAUAGAAAAGGGUCUGACACACGGUAAUGCUCAGGAAAGAGGAGCUGCAAGUAUUCUGAGAGCUAUAGAGAAAACAGGCGUUAAGCAGAGGGACUAGCAGGAAUCUGAGGCCUGAUACAGAAAAGACCUUGGGCCCAGGCCGGGUGGCUCAGUUGGUAGAAGCGUUGUCUCAUACACCAAAAGGUUGUGGGUGCAGUUCCCAGUCAGGGCACAUAAAAAUAUGUCCUUGGGUAAAGAUUUAAAAGAAAAGAAUCCUGAGUAUUCCCUCUGCCUGUCACAGGAAGCCCUGAAUUGCUAGCUCCAUAGCAGCAGGUUAGAGACCUGCUUCUUGGGUCUCUUCACCCAAACUUGCCUCACUUUGCGGAGGGUCACCAUUGUCUUGAAUGCCUCCUGGGGCCAAAUUUGGCUCACAGAGCUAUCAGGCCCUGAAGCUGGAAUUGAAGUUGCAAAACUGGCCAUUACCUGUCUACUAAAAAUUUGUCAGCAGCUCCUAAUGGCCUUCAUGUGAAAGUGACAGAAAUAAGCCACUAACACUGGUUGGAGUGGUGGACACCGACCCAGCCUCCCAGAUAGGGUCCUGAGCUGGUCUGCCCCAGGCUGGCCAAUAGUGGGUGGUUCUUGACUUCACGCGGGAAAGAUUUCACAUUGCGAGUCCAGGUGAAUCUGAGAGUAUGUGAGUUAAAGCUGUGGACAGUGAAGAAAGGAAGGGCCUAAGAUAGAAGCAACAGCAGAAAGUCUAGGUGGGGCUGCUUUGGCUCUAAAAAUGUUAUAGGAAAGAAAUGAGCCAGGCAGGGCUGCUCUGGUUCACUGGAAAGUCAGAGAAAAGGGGGCUUGGAGGCAGUGUCAGGAGGCAGUGUCAGGGGGUUAUCUUGGGAAGAGUUGCUGCUGCCCAUUGCUCCCCUGGUUGCAAGUCUGAGAGGGUAGAAAGACAUGGGCGUACUCCUGGGAGGGAGAGUGCACCCUGGUUCCUUCAACUUGAGGGUUUUAAAGGCUGGGCGUUUAGGGGAGGAUCUCAAUAGAAUAUUCAUCAGUUCAUGCUUAUGUGCCAAAAUGAGGUUUAUUUUCUUAAUUUCAUGUCCUUGGGUGUGGUUGGCACUCAUUGGAUUUCUGCUAUCUCCCUGUAGGAUGAUUUAAGUUAUUUCCCCUCUGAUCGGGGAGGAAUGUAAACCAUUGCUCUCCAGUGUCCUUGGGCAGUGAGGGAAGGUAGGGUUUUGUGAUUUGCUGGAUGGCUGUAAACUGUUUGGCCAUUUAAUUAUCUGUCUCAGUUUCCCUAUUCCACUUGUCCUGGCUUACUAGCCUAUCUCAUUAAGACCUUUUAAAAUGCACAUACUCUGUGGCCUAAGAAAAUAUUUUUAAAAUAAUUAUAAAGGCAUUGUUUAUUAAAAUACAUUUCAUUUUCAAAAUGUAAUAGAAUCAUCUGUUAACGUGUAUAUACAUUUUUUGGGACACUCUGUAUACACAGACUUCCUGUCAAGAUGGCAUUGUAGAUAAACACAGUACUCACCUCCUCCCACAACCACAUCAAAAUUAUAACUAAACUACAGAACAGCCAUCAUUCAGAACUGCCUAAAAUCCAGCUGAAUGGAAGUCCUACAUCGAGACUAAUAGAAGGAGUGGAGAUGAAGAAAGGGCCGGUCCCACACCACAUGUAGUACGUAAAAAUCAGGAGAGAGAUUUUGGCUGCAGAGAUCCCCCUGAGGAGUGAGGGGUCCUGGGCCCCCCGGCCAAGAGUUCCAGUGCCAGGUGAGAAGGCCCCAUAACUUGUGGAUAUUAAAACCAGUGGAGACUGUGGCUGAGGAAGACAGAGGCUGCUGGAGUCCCAGGCAGUUCCCCUUAAAGGGCCUGCACAUGGACUCACUUUGACUCACUCCCUCUGAGCUUCAGCACAGGGGCAGCAGCUUGAAAGGCACCAGAGACACACAGGGAGAAACUGAACUGUCCAACAUCAGGGAGAGAGCUGGAGGUAGUGCUGGCAGAGGCCACUGUUCCUUUUCUGGAACCCUCCCCAACACACACAUAUACACAGGGGCCGGUGCUAUAUCUGAGUCUCCAUCAUCCUGGCUCACAGUUUGCCCCACCCUGGUGAUUCCCUGAGACCCCACCACACCCAACUUUCAGGGUCACCAAAGCUGUUUCCAGUGGCUUUUCCAUACAAAUGGCCUGUCUUGGAUCAUGCUUCAGAUUUUCCAAACAAGCAGCAUUUGGCCUCAGCAAGUCCCAUAACUGGCUAAGUGGCCCCAGAUCUAGCACUAGUAUAGCCAGCCUUGGUUCAAAGCCUGGCCUCUUUGGGUACCUCCAAGCCCAGCACAAGUAGCAGCCAUCUACAGAUUGCUUUAUAGCUCAUGCGAAAGGGAGAGGGAGAGAGAGAUAAUAGAAACAUCAAUGAUGAGAGAAUC